AUACAAUUGCAGAGAUUGAGGAGUUCAAGAGUUUUUCUGCACAUAUCCUAAUGGCUAAAAGGGUGGCGAUAAUUGGGGCAGGCUGCAGUGGCCUGGCUGCCAUCAAAUGUUGCCUAGAAGAAGGUUUGGAGCCUACAUGUUUUGAAAAGAGUGAAGACAUUGGUGGACUUUGGAGGUAUACUGAAACGGUUGAAGAAGGAAGAGCUAGUAUAUACAGUUCUGUAGUAACCAACACGUCCAAGGAAAUGAUGUGCUAUACCGAUUUUCCCAUGCCAGCAGACUUCCCUGCAUAUCUACACAACUCAAAGGUCUUGGAAUAUCUUCGACUCUAUGCUGAACACUUCAGGCUUUUGAAAUACAUUCAGUUCAAGACAGAAGUUUGUUGUUUGACAAAACAUUCAGAUUUUUCCUCUUCUGGUCAAUGGGAAAUUAUAACAGAGAAGAAUGGGAGCCAAAGAAAGACUAUUUUUGAUGCCAUCCUGGUUGGAAAUGGGCACUAUUUUAAACCUUAUUUACCCAUGGACUCCUUGCCAGGUAUAGAAAAGUUUAAAGGAUAUUAUAUCCAUAGUCGUUUCUACAAGAAAAGUGAAGAUUACUGUGGAAAGACUGUUCUAGUGGUGGGAAUCGGAAAUUCAGCAGGAGACAUUUCAAGUGAAAUUAGCAGCAUUGCAAAACAGGUUUAUAUCAGUACUUAUCAAGGUUCGUGGGUUCUAAGUCGUGUUUCAAAAUGUGGAUUUCCUCUAGACAUGAUGUUUUCAACACGUUGUCAUUUUGGGAUCACUAAUACUUUACCUUCAGGACUGAGAACUAAGCUUAUAGAGAAGCAGCUGAACAGCUGGUUUGAUCAUGAAAACUAUGGUUUGCAACCUAAAGACAGGUCAACUCUCAAAGAACCCAUUGUCAAUGAUUACCUUCCCAGCAACAUCCUAUGUGGAGCUGUUCGAGUGAAACCCAAGAUUAAACAAUUUACAGAGACAUCUGUAAUUUUUGAGGAUGAAACAAUGAUCAAAGACGUUGAUGCUAUUAUUUUUGCAACUGGGUAUAGUUUCUCAUUUCCAUUUUUGGACGAUUCUAUCAUCAAAGUCAACGAUGACAAUAAACUCAACCUGUACAAAUAUGUAUUUCCCCCACACCUGGAGAAACCAACGCUAGCCUUUCUUGGUGUCCUCCAGCCUUUCGGAGCCAUAAUUCCAGUUGUGGAACUUCAAUCUCGCUGGGCUACAAGAAUAUUUAAAGGAUUGACUCGCUUACCUCCUGUGCAUGAAAUGGAAUCUCACAUUAAAAAAACUGAGGAUAAACAAGUCAAGACUUUUACGAAGUCCAGAAAUCAGACUCUCCAGAUGCAUUUUAUUGAAUACAUGGAUGAAGUGGCCAUGGAGAUUGGUAUCCGUCCCAGCAUUAUGCAUCUAUUAUUUACAGAUCCUCAACUGGCCUACCAUAUCUUCUUUGGUCCUUGUACACCUUAUCAGUAUCGUCUCUAUGGCCCUGGUAAAUGGCCUGGGGCCAGAAAAGCUAUUUUAACCCAGUGGAAUAGGACUCUGAAUCCUUCCAGGACCCGUGUUACAUACAAAUGUCAAAAAUCAAAACCAUAUUCUAAGAGACAAUUGGGAAUUUUGGUAAUGUUGAUAACCAUAGUUGUAGGUCUCUACUACAUGAUCUUUCAAAUCUUUCUAUGAGACUUGUCUAAUUGUGCCACAGGAGUAAUUAACAGGUAACCCUAGAACAGAUGAUUGAAGUAUUUUGUUCUCUAGGUUUGGCUAUAAUGAUAGAUCUAAACAUUAUGACUUGGAAAUUGUAACUGUAUUUACUGUAUACUGCCAUGUAUAAUGUUACUGAUGUAUAUUAGCAAGAGGUAAAUGUUAACUGGCUCUUAGAA